CUAAAAAUGGCGCCCAGCAACGCCUCCCCUUUGACGAAGAGAGAUCGACAUAAUAUUUGGUCCGUUUCGCAGCUUCGCGCGUUGCCAGAUGCCCAAGGUUCCAACAGACACCGGAGAUGCCAAACUGCAGUUCCCCCGCAUCGAUUCCAACAACCGAUGAACUCCCGGCCGCCGCCACAGCGGCUACUCAGCUCGCCAGCAAAAUAACGGAAACAGAACCGCUGCCUUACUGGCUGGUCAACGUCUCGCCAGAGCAAUGGCCGUCGGAAUGUCCAGAAUUUCUUCGAAACCUACCAGAGAAAUCGAUCAAGAUUCUUUCGACCCCUGACUCCGAAUACGUCCGGCAAGAUUGGCAGCUGGUCAAGCAGAUAACAGCAACUAAUCAAAUCCAUCUGUUCCACCGUGUGCCGUCGCACCUGAGAAAGUACCUCGAGUACAUGGCCAAGAUUAAGGCGACUUAUGGUUCUGUCCUCGACUUUAUCAUCAAGGAACGGCUGCGCUGGGAUGACUUGAAACCCAAGAGUUUACGUCCUUUUGAGCAUUCAGAUGACUACAAGGUUCUAUAUAAUGACUGGCCAUAUGGGGUUGAAGAGGACAUCGUACACUUGGUAGUGUGGACAAAGUUCGAGCUUGAAGAUGAUCCCGCGACGGAUGAUUUGACCCCUCAGGCCAGGAGAGAGAUUGACGACUUUGUUGGACGGGUGUUCAGAUCAAAGGUUCCGUCACAACAGGUGGUGUGGUUUAAGAAUUGGAAGUCAUUGAAGUCGGUUCAUUCAGUGGAACAUUUCCAUAUUAUGCUAAAGGCGCCAGACAUGGCAUUCGUGCACGAGAUCACGAAUGGCGACGUGCCCCUGGUUGCAAAGGUCCGAGCUCAAUAGGUGGUCGCAUCUUACUGGCGCCCCAGUUGCUGUCAUACAUAAAUUAGGAC